AUGACCUCCUCCAGGCUGCCCCAGCACACCCGAAUGGACUUCCAGCUUCUACAACCCGUGUUCCAGGGCCCUCAUCUUCGGCCCCUCCUGAGCCUAGUGAUUUUGGGCCGCCGCAAAACCAGUCCACUUCGUUUCCUCCUUUGGUCUCUCCCGGUGAGCCUGCGUUCUCUCCCAGCCCAGUCGCUGCCGAGCACUCACCCUCGGCUCCACAGUCGCCCUCACCGACUCGGCCCAGUCCUUGCAGCCCAGCCGAGAGUUUUUCCUCGGCUCAUCGAUCACCCCCCUCCGUUCGGCCCAGUCCGAUUGACCAACUGGAGCCCAAUGGACCUGGGCACCUGUCUGCUGGCCAUCAGCCCUCCCCGGUUGCUGCUGAUCCUCCUCCGCUGCGCCGCAGUGAUCGGAUUCGCAUUCCCCCUAAGAAGCUGGACAUUUAUUACACAGAGACUAAUUCACAUCAUGCUCAAUACCCUUUGUCGAACCACUUGA